AGUGACGUUAUUUCCCUUUUUCCGGUCCGCCGGAUUAUGAAUGACGGCUGGCGCGAGUAUUUUCCAGAUAAACUGGCUGUCGUUUUUCUCCUGGCCUCUGUGGAAGCGAGUGGUCUGCAGGCAGCAGCUCUCAGAGGCAGCCUUGGAAUUCCAGCGCGGGCUGGGCGGGAAGGCGCAGGCGGCCCAGGUCGCCGACACGCUCACGCACCCUCCCUGCCUGGCCGCGCCUCUGCGACCAGGUGACCCAAUGAAAGAAGAAAAUGAAAGCCAUAAAGAAAAGUCUUACAGAAGAAGAAUACCUAUACCUGGACUUUUCUCACCAAACAAAAGGAUGCAUCUUUCCUCUUCAUACAUCUGUAACUUUAUUUCUGUUAUCUUACUGUGACUGUAAAAUCUUUAAAAUUUGCUUAGUUGUCACCAAAGAAGUGAGUACAGAUAGUUCACUACUAAGAGAUGAUCUGAUCCAGGAUGUUGAAAUACAGAUUAUUUCAAGGCAGGAGCUCCCACCAAUAGUCCAGAAUUGCUGUUUGCCUGCAGUAGUAGAACGAUCAGACAAUUUUUGUAGAGCAGGACUUGCUGUUGUAUUGAGACACAUAAUCCAGAAAUCCUGUGAAGCAGACCCCUUAAAGAAGGAACUUUUGGAACUUCUGGGCUUUAAAAAGACUUGCUUGAAAGCCUGUGCUGAAGUUAGUCAGUGGACCAGGCUAUGUGAACUCACCAUCCCUUUGGCUAUUGAGAAUUUUCUCAGAGACUCUUCUGACCAGCCCCCAACUAUACCUAUAGAAAUACUACAGCUAGAGAAAAAGCUUAGUGAGCCUGUUAGAGUGCAUAAUGAUGAUAAACUCCGCAGGCAGAAGCUCAAGCAACAGAAGGCUGAUGGAGUUGGGCCUCCCCUUACUAAGGGAAAGGCAAAGAGCAAGGUCCACACACAGGAAACAUCUGAAGAGUUGGAUUCUUCAUUCGAGAGUCUGGAACUGAAAGUGGCAUUCUCAAAGCUCACAGUACAGGAAGAACCAGCUACUACCAACAGAGAGCCUUCUCACAUCAGAAAAGCAAAAGCCUCCGACCUUCCACCUCUGGAGCAUGUGUUUGCAGAAGGGCUUUACUUCACUCUGGCAGAUAUUGUGCUCUUGCCCUGUAUCCAUCAUUUCUUGGUAAUUAUCAGCAGGAAAUUUUCUGAGAAGCUGGUAGAAUUUCCAUUGCUAGCGUCUUGGUACCAGAGGAUUCAGGAAGUGCCAAGAGUAAAAACAGCAGCUUCUAAGUGUGGGAUCCAAUUUCUCCAUUUACCAAAGUUGUUGACAACCUCAACUGAACAGCAUCCAAACUUAAGUGAAGUCCCAGAUGUAGAAGAGCAAAGCGAUCCUUUAUUUAUAGGAGGACCAAGACCAACCAUGGCCAAGUUAAUGGAAAAGGGCAUUGAAGUGAUGUUUUCUCCCCACCCUUGCCCUACUUGGACUCUUGAUUGGAAUGUUCUCCCUGCAGCAGUCAGCCCAAAGGAAGGUAAAAUGUCCAGUGAUCGAGCUUUGAGAAAGCAGCAACAGUUGAACAACCUUGUCUAUGUGGUAACAAAUCAGGCCAAACCUGGUGACAGAAUUGUGGAUUUCUGCAGCGGUGGGGGCCAUGUUGGAAUUGUCCUUGCUCACAUGCUGCCAUCAUGUCAGGUUACAUUAAUAGAAAACAAGGAAUUAUCAUUAAUUCGUGCUAAGAAGAGAAGUGACGAACUGGGUUUAAGCAACAUUUGGUUCAUUCAAGCAAAUAUGGAAUAUUUUACUGGGAUGUUUAAUAUUGGAGUAGCAUUGCAUGCUUGUGGAGUGGCAACAGACAUGGUGAUUGAGCACUGUAUCAAAACACGGGCUUCCUUCGUCACAUGCCCUUGCUGUUAUGGUUUCAUUCAGAACACCUCAAAGUUCAAUUUUCCAAAAAGUGAACAAUUCAAGAAAACUUUAUCAUACAAGGAACACAUGAUUCUGUGCAGAUUUGCAGACCAGACAGCUGUCCAGCUCCCACCCCAACGAAGGCUCAUAGGAAAACAGUGCAUGUGCUUGGUGGAUAUGGAUCGAGCAAGAGCUGCAGAAGAAUGUGGAUACUCCGUUCAAGUGAUAUCCAUGGAGCCAGAGAGCUGCUCUCCCAAAAAUAACAUGAUUGUGGGAGUCCCCAUUUAAAAUGAGACAUUCACAUUUGAUAUUUUGCCAUCUGUCUUCACGUUGGAUGCCCAGUGGCAUUCAGGAGGUUCUUGGCAUAACUAGGAAACAGCAUUAGCCAUCUUGAACCUAUUGUGCUCAGGAAGGAAAGCAACAGGGAAAUCUUGGAAGUAAAGGCUCCCUGCAAAGCAUCACAAAUGCUCUUACAACGUGUGAUUAAAGGACUGCUGGUUUUCAUAGUGAGUAUCCCCUGAACUCUCAGCUGCCAAAAGAAUAAUACUAGUGGAGGUUCCAUCACAGGAAUAACAAUUUCCUUCUUACUUCACAAGCUCCUCUGAUCUUGCCAAUGUGAUGUUUAAUUCAAAACAGCACACUUAACAGCCUUUAUUUUAUACUAAUUUAGAUAUUCACAUGGGGACUGAAAGUAGACUCAGUGGAGUUUUUUGUUUUUUAUAUUUUUAACAAUUGUACUUUUUCUAUCACUUUAAAAAAAUCUAGUCAGGUAAUUAUAGUACAGUUAUUUUUAAGCUGGGGUUAGUUGAACUUGUAUAGCAUUUAAUAUACUCCUUUUAAAUAUAUUUCUGCCAGGCAUGGUGGUUCAUGCCUAUAAUCCCAGCAC